AUGGGUUUCUUCAAUCUGCUCGACCUGUCCUCGGGUUUCAGUGCCGUCGAGCACAGCGUGUCAAUCGACUUGACCACCGCUUAUCCCCCACGAAGACAACCAGCGCGUCGAAUCGUCAAAAUCCCGACGCCGGUGCACAUGCCCAUGGAAGUCGUAUUGACCAUCCUCGAGGCGGCGUAUUACGACGAUAACUUGCAAGCGAACGACAGGCUUCUCAAGGAUUGCGCGCUUGUAUGCAGGAGCUGGUCUGUCCCUGCGCAGAAGCUUUUGUUCAGCAACGUGAAGCUUCGAACCGAACGCGCAUGCAGCGCCUUUACGAGCGCCGUCAACCCUUCCUCCGAACGCGGUCGCAUGCUCGGAGAAUCUGUCAUCCGUAUGCGGGCGGUUUUAGAUCAUAACCAACCAUCCCAUCUAUUGCAAACAUCGUUUGCCAGAGCGGUAACUUUGUGUCCAAAUCUAUACGAGCUCAAUCUGUCAGUUUAUGGCUGCGGCGCCCCAGGGGAGGAUGUGGUAGGGGCACCAGAUGUUUCACGGAUGAGUCGGCCAGCACCGUCGUUCGAAGACGAUACCCUUGAAUUGCUCAAGUCCGGUCCUGCAGUUCGCGCUCUGACCUUCUGCAACUGGUCCGAGAAUCGGCAAUCAUUAUCCCAACUUCUCGACGUCUGGCCAUCUGUCAAAUCCCUCGUCAUUAGCGGCACUCCCCCUCAACUUCCUUCGUCCUCAUCGGAACCCCUUCAAUGCUCUCUCGAAGAACUACGCAUGAAUUUCCAAACGUCACCAUCCUUCGAUUUCAUGAAAUGGUUGCUCCACAAUUCUACUGACUCGCUACGCAUCCUCGAGCUUGAGCGUGAACCGUCCGCGGAGCAGCUCGAUUUCCUCGUCGCUACUCACGGUCAUGCUCUCCACUCGCUUUCCCUUCCCGCAUGCGGGUCCCACGAGCAUGCAUUAGCCGUACAACAAUGUCAGCAGCUCCGAGAGCUGAAAAUAGAGAGCCAGUGGGUUUCGCCGAUGGUCUACAAGAAAAUCCCCGAAGAGAUUCAGCACGUUGCAUUCGGUCUCGACAGGGACACUGCCCUCCAACCCAUCCUCGAUAUUGUCAAGGCUCGACCCAACCUGCGUGCAGUCACCGUACACGUCUGGAAAGGCGGCGAGCUUCACCCGCAGCUACCGGCGCUCAAGAUCGCCUGCGCGUAUCGAGGCAUUGAAUUGCAGACCACCAGAGACAUCCAAGUGUUCCGAGCAUUGACUAGGGGAGAUCCAGUACCUAAUAACGGCACCUUCCCCCGCGUCCGAUCAAUCGAGAACUUGAACUACAUGCGCUGCUAA